UUAGGAACGGCUGCCACAUCCACCAUUGUUGGUGGGGCUGUUUGCUGUUUAUAGACCUCUGUGUGCCCCCCUCCCCCCGGCCCCCAGAUUAUGGAGGCUGGACCGGAUCAUUUUUAGCACCACACAGUUGCAGCUGUGACGGCUUUGUCCUCAGACCGGUGCAGCAGUGUGAACUUCACCUCUGAGUAAAGUCCAAAGACCAGCAGUCAUGGAUGACGUCUACAAAGCAGCGGUUGAGAACUUGACAGAGGAACAGAAGAAUGAGUUCAAAGCUGCAUUCGACAUCUUCAUCCAGGAUGCAGAAGAUGGCUGCAUCAGCACGAAGGAGUUAGGGAAGGUGAUGAGGAUGCUGGGGCAGAAUCCGACUCCAGAAGAGCUGCAGGAAAUGAUCGAUGAAGUGGAUGAGGACGGCAGCGGCACAGUCGACUUUGAUGAGUUUCUUGUCAUGAUGGUUCGCUGCAUGAAGGAAGAGAGCAAAGGCAAAUCGGAGGAGGAGCUGGCUGAGCUGUUCAGAAUGUUUGACAAGAAUGGAGAUGGCUACAUAGACUUGGAGGAGCUGAAGUCCAUGCUGGAGUCCACUGGCGAGGUCAUCACUGAAGAUGACAUCGAGGAGCUGAUGAAGGACGGUGACAAAAACAAUGACGGCAAAAUUGACUAUGAUGAGUUCCUGGAGUUCAUGAAAGGAGUUGAAUAAAGUUUUCAUCGCCGACCUGGAGGCCAAUGACAUCAUUACUCCAACAUGAAGUCAUUCCCAAAGACACGCCUCCACUUUUUGUUGGAUAUUGCCAGAAAUGUAUUUUCCUCUGAUAUAAUAAAACUGUUUUCAAUAAACUCUGGUGAAAUG